CCAAUGUUUGUCUGAGUUCAGUCUUUUCAUAUCUGUCGUUCUCGGCGGACACGCGUGCUCUGGAUGUGUGAGGCAAACCCAGGGAGAACUGUGCAUAAAAGGACUCAUAAUAUGGUCUGUACUUGCAGAAGUGAUUCGCUUUUAGUGGCGUGUGUUCAUGCUUGUUGAAUGAAUGAAUUGACGAAGGUCAAACAAACAUUUUGUCUACAAGUAUCUUCAUAAAUGCUGUCAUCAUUGAAAAUAAAGUCUUCCUUGAAGAGGGGGCAUGUGGAAUUGGAAAGAAUAAGAAAGAAAGUCAUGGGGAAGAAGACGACGUAGAAGGAAAUACAAUUGGAAGAGAAGAUUUUACAAUCGGAACUGCUGCCCACUCACCAGCAGUGUGUGCGUCUGGUUGGACCUGCGUUUGGAAGUAUGGAAGGUUUAGUAAUGACGUCAUCGCAGUCUACGGCUUCUCGUUUGCGCCUGCGUAGUGUCUGCGCACGUGCUGCCUCAGUGAAUCGAGUGGCCAAAACGAGAAGCAAAAGAACGAACGGCGGUAGUGUUGCCGGGUCUCUGGCGGUAAGCGGGUUGUCAUGGCAACCGAAUCACAGCAUCACACGCCGCACGGCAAGAAUCGCCAGGGAAGUGUACUCGGUGUGGUAUGGCCGCGUCGGAACGACCAGCUAUAUACCAUCUGAGAAAGUCCAGCAGCUCUUCAAUGACAUGCAACUCUACCCAUCAAAAUCACAAGUAUAUGAAAUGCUGCAGUGUGCGAAGGAAUGUGCAAACCGAAACUCAGCGUCUUACCUCACAUUUGGAGAGUUCUGCAUCUUUGCAACAGAGCUGAAGAGGUGUUAUGAACGAGGAAUUCCUCGACAAGUGCAGCUGUCCCGAUUGCUUGAGAGAGAUGGGGAGGAGAAGAAGAGAAGAAACAGGAAGAUGUCAAAGGGCAUACCAAAAUAUGAGGUUUUCUUGGGUGGAUCUUGCAAUCCUACAACAUGGCGCCAGGAUGUGGCUAUCCCCGUGCUCAAGAACUUAGGCAUCACAUAUUAUAAUCCACAAGUAUCACAUUGGGGCCCAGAGCUGAUUGAACUAGAGUUCCAGGCAAAGCAGAAUGCAGCCAUUCUCUUCUUUGUUAUUGACAACCAGACUCGGAGUGUUGCAUCCAUGAUUGAGGCAGCUCAUCUUUCAGCCAGACGUCGGAAAUUAAUUCUGGUGAUUCAUACAUAUCAAGGUCCAGGGCAGACGAUAUGGGGAGAACCUAUCACAGACGAGGAGUAUGAAGAUCUUACAACAGGUCAGAUGAUGCUGCAGGAUCUGGUGGAGAGGCAAGGAAUUCCUGUUUUUGAAAGUGUGCCCAUUGCUCUUAACUGUACAGCCAAAGUAUUACGGGAAAACAUAAGUGUACAAGAAUUGGGACUCAAGGAUUUUGCACAGCCAGUGAAGAUGGCACAUGUGCCACUUGGUGACAAAUUAAUCAAGUUGAGGGAAGCAUUUGAUGCUCUUGACACGACUCGUUCAGGAGAACUCUGCUUAGCAGAUGUGUGCAUGGCAUUUAGAAUACUAACCAACAGGAACUUGUCCCUGUCAGAUUUGAGGAGCAUUGUUGCAGGUCAAACAGGUGUGUUGGGUCGAGAGGUGAAGGAUAUCCCCCUGGAGCAACUGAAUGUGAACUUUGAGCAGUUCUGCUCUAUUGUAGCAGAGUUCAAGUGUUGUGAAAGUGAGGCUCACAAACUAUGGGAAUUAGUCCUAGCCAAAACCACUCGCCUUCUACAGACUAUUGUCUCCCCCCUGACAAAAGUUUUAGAGUGGGCAAUAUCUCGGCCGCUGCGGUCAUUGCCACUGGGCUCUCCUCCCAACACCCAGAGCAACUGUGUACGAGAUGUUUAUCUGGGUGGUUCCUGUCGUAACACUAACUGGAGAGAAGAUAUUGCCAUCCCUAUGUUGAAGAAGAGUGGUCUAACAUACUUCAACCCACAACUGCGCCAGUGGAGCAAACGUUUUAUCCCAAUUGAGGCAGCUGCAAUGGACAACAGCUAUGUCUUAUUAUUUGUUAUCACCAGCACAACACGUUCUAUAGCUUCCAUGGCUCUGGCAGCUCAUUAUAUUGGUCUGAACUGCAAUGUGGUGCUGUGUGUCCAGCAUUUACCGGAUGAUGCCAUAAUUGGGAGUGAUAAGCUGUCUAAGCAGGCUGGGAAGGACUACAACCGAGGCCGCAUGUACCUGUCGGAUCUGGCAAAUCGUGAAGGCAUACCGGUGUUUGAAUCGGUGACAGAAGCUGUUGACUGCGUGAUACAUAAGUGCAGUUGUCGAUAAUGCUACUUGCAGUGGGCCAAACGACGUUUCUUUGACUAUUAUGAGUAAUGUAUGGUGGGCCAAAAUGUUGUCUGUGGGGUCAGACAUAUGUAUGCAUUCAAGAUGGUUUAUACCAGUUCAGUUUGCAAGUUCAUGCAUCGCAGGUCUAUGUGGUGGUUUAUCCUGCACAUGAAUCAUAUAUGUUGAAUAAAGAGAACACUUGGGAAUGUUUGAGCACUAAAUAUGAAUGAUGUGCAAAUAAUUCUGAUGUUACAAGCAGAUUAUGGUGUUACAUAGGCGCUAAGGAGGACAGUUACUGGGUGGACAAUAUUUGACUAGCAAGUGAGGAUUUAAUUUAGGAUAAUGUGGUAUGAGCUGGAAGUCUUUGAAAUUCAGAUAUUUUAUGAAAAUUACUGUAUGGUAGUGAAUUCAGCCUGGGCUGUGUCCUGUUGCAUUCCACUUUUUGAAUUUACUUACUCAUUUCAAGGUCCACAAUGAAAUUUCAUUCCAUAACCUUUUUAAAAAUCUGUGCUGUGUUUGAUGAGGAAAGUAAAGACUUGUAUAAUAAUUAUUCAUGCUUGAAUUGCAUCAUCAUCAUCAUCUGGUAUGUUGCCAUGACUGAAAAAAUCUAAUGAACAUUCUAAUUACUUAAAAAUAAUACAAUAAACUUCAUUUCUCACACUAGAAUUUUGGAGUUGGUUUCAUUUUGCUGAAAUGAAGAACCCCGCUGAGUGUCAUUUAAUUCAGUUAAUAAAAUACUGCUUCUGCUAAUCUGCCGGUUAUGACGGUGUGUAUAAUAAAUGUAUGUAGAAGACAUUACCAUAUUAAACAGAGCACAGAUGAAGUUGUGGCUGGCCAAUAAAGGGUUAUGGAAAUGUCUUGUUUGAAAAUUUCUUCAGUUUCCAUUAGCUGAUGCUAUUGAAAUGAUAUAGUACUAAAUCUGAAAUUGGAAUAUGGACAUUGUUAACAAAUUUGCCUACUCGUACUGAAAUGAGGGCUUCAUUGUAGGUAUCUUGAACUUUACUGAACUUCACAUGCAAUCUUUUGAUGAUGUAACUGUAAUUGAACAUUGCACACAGUUUGGUAUGUGGGAGUGUGAAUAGCAGAUGGUGAAGAAGUCAAAGGUGGCUUAUGUCAGAUGGAUCAAUUGGUCAAAAUAAGUUUAGCCAUGAAGACAGCGUACUAGUGAAUUCAGUAUUGUCAUUUCUGAGCUCACCAGUAAACCCAUGAUACUUGUGGAUGGUGUGUAUGUAGCGUGUAAUUUUUUUAUACAUUUUAUAAGCAAAAUCUUGGGCAGUGGAUUCACACCAUUUAAAUAACAGGCACUUGAUUAGGAAUAUUUGGAUUCAUAACUUGACAAACUGUGUUCUGGUACGACUUUUCUUUUAGUAUUAGCUUUGUUUCUGAAGAAGAAAGUGCUGAGCUGCAGCUGAUGCACAUCCUUCAGGGUAGGAUAUUAUAUUUAUCUGACAAUUUCACACCACAACAUGUCUACAGAAGGAAGGUGUGUUGGCUGAUUUUUAGAAUAAAAGAAAUAAUGUGUGCUUCAUAUGUGCAGGAAGAGCAUGCCAUAAGGAUCACAUGAUAAGGAGAAAAUUAUAUAACUGCAUUGUGUAAGGGCAUUUUUGGAAUAUAAACUCUGGUAAUUACCAAUUUGCGAAUGUGUAAAUCCUCAAUAAAUUAAUGGAUGGAGCUAAUGGAAACAGAAAAUAUAAAUUAAUUUUAAAACUUGAGCAUAUUUCUUUAUCUAUUUUUAUAGUAUAUUUGAAGUGGUUAUAGGGCAUGUUUUGUUUCAGUUUGUUGCUAUAAGGCUACUUUAAUAUUUGAUAUGUUUGGUCAGGAGUGUAACGCUUGGUUUCGGUGAAGUACUAGCAUACUUCACGUAUGAAUCUUCCGUUAGACACUUUGUCCUUGUGUUAAAUACUUGCUGUAUUGUUUUAAACUGUUAUUCACAUUGUUCUAUUUAAAAGUGCUUUGAGUUUUAUGUAUCAAAGGUCUUAAUGUAUUGCCUGUGAUGUGAAUCCACAGUGAUUUGUUUUAUUUACUUAAGAUAACUUGGGUGUGCCUCAUUUUGUUUAUCACCAAAGAGGGAACCAAAUGUUUCCAGUAAAUAACAUGGGUUUAUUGUGAGCUGAAGUAUGAAGAACUAUAUUAUGAUGUGAUGGGAAAAGUGAUGUAUAGUGCAGCUACCUCAGAGAACAAGAGACAGUGAUAGUGUGACAUGGUUGAAGCUUUGUCGUGUUGAAAUCAGUCAUCCCUCACCCUUCUGCCCUUUUCUUCCCUACUUGUUCUGGUCUACGUUUGCCAUAGCUAAUUCAAUAUAGGAAUGAAUAACUUUUCACAAUAUUCGGGAUGCCUUAUGCUUAUUAUUAAAGUGAAAAUUUAAUAGACAACUUACGUGUGUUUAUGGAUUUAUACCCUUAUUCUGUUAUGGGUUACCUUCUGCAAUACUCAUUUUUGUGUUCUGUUUAAUACAGUAUUAUUGUUAUUAUUAUUUAUUGGUGUUUUGGAAAUUUAGAGAAGACCAUGAUUUGUGGGGAAUAAUAUUGGCAAAUUGAUUUUUAAUUAUGUCAGUGGGCAGCAGGUAUAUGUUGAUAAUAAAUUAGGUUAGGUUUUAAAUAAUGUAAAAUAGAGCAUGUGCAUGUUGUCAUUUGAACUUUUCAGUGCUAAAAUAACAGCUAUUUUCAUUUAUUUUCAUCAUUCUGAAAUUUAGAGAAGUUGAAUCCAGUUCAUGUUCCUUAUUCUUUUUUGGUAACGCUUUCUUUCCUUGUAACACAGUUUAGUAAGAUGGAUUUGUAUGAAAUUAUUUAUGACACUAAGGCUGCAAAAGUUUUGGGGGGAAGGGGCCACCACCUGUUUUGAGACACCAGCUGCCCUAGCAUGAGGAUUACUUCAUACUUUUGCUAGAAUAAUUUGUACCCAAGCUAAGAUUUUAACCUCCCAAUCAUUUUAAGUACUGCAAGGAAGAGAUGUACAGCAGAAACAAAUUGGGCUUGGUCAGACAUCUCAUUUGAUCAAAUUAUUGGUGGCACAAAUAUAAUAGAUUAUUGUACAAGCCUCAAAUAUGAAGUUGUAUUUAGGAUAUUUUGGCUCAAGAAAUAAAAUGUUUAAUAAAGACCAAGUAAUGGGUUACACACAGACCAGCUAAGGUUUGGUUCCCAUUUUAGCUUUUGUCAUGCAUGCGUCAUUGCUUACAUACUAUCCAGCUAACAUACCACUAACCCAUUAAUCCCAGAGUUUAAGAUUCAGCUGGCAGCCCCAUAGUACAGGAGUUUAAGUCCCUUAUUACAUGUGAUGAAGGAGAGUAUUGUGUUAAUUAUUACUGUCUUGGAGCAGCAAGGCUUGGUCACAACUGGAAGCCUUUCAUCAUCAAAAUUGGUCUAAAGCAUUCAUUGCUCACUAAUGCAAAACUACUAUUUGUGUACUGUUUAAGGAAAGUGUGUGCGCGCGCGUGUGCUUGUUAAUUGGAAAAAGAGUUUCAUGUCCUACACUGGCAUUAAAUCAAACUUUGCAAUUAGAUUGUGAGGUGGUCUUUUUCAGAAAAUUCUUUGUUAGAUGAGUGGGACAAUUUACAAAUUAUUCCAUAUUCUAUGACUAACUUGCUAUAAAAACAACAUUUAACACUGCUAAAACAGAAACUAUAUCCUUCAUAUGGUAAUAUCAGAUGUCAUGUCUUGGUCUUUCCAUGUGGUCUUCUUUAACUACCAUUUCAGUUCAAUCCUGUCCCACAAUCCCUUGCUUUGUGUUGAGCCAAUUAUAACUGCCAGCUUUACAGCAUGGAAGGUAUAUAUUGCAAAAUCCCUCUUGUGUAAUUACCUGUAUUUCACAGUUAGCUAAAAUUGUGUUCAUCAACUAAAAUUUUACAGACAUAAAACAACAUACAGAACAUUUUAAUCUUUGGGAAAACAAGAGAAACAUUUUAGUCUUAAUUUGUCCAGUGAGCAGAUGACAGUUCAGAGUUUAAGUAGGACUAUAAUUUUAUUUGAAAGGUUAAAUGUCUUUCUCUCUUUUUCUCACUAAAUAUUCAUCAGACAAAACCAGAAUGUUUAUAUGGGAAUUAAAUGAGAUAUUAUAUCUCUGGUAACAGAAUCUAUAUAAUUCUCCCAUUCCUGUUUUGGUCUUUCACAAGACCUGUUUCCAACAGCUUUCCUUAUCAAAAUUCUGUAUGCAUUCCUUGUUUUUUUUUCUAUGCUGGCUACAUGUCCAGACCAUCACAACAGAACAGUAUUAAAAGAACUGUACACAUCACAAGGAACUCUGUGAUCAUUCCUCACUUUAUACAUCGUUCUUUCAAGAUUGGUGAUUCUUUUAAAAUGUUUGUUAGCGGUGUAAUGUCUAAAUGCAGUUGUUCAACAAUAUGCUGUGCUAACUGGUUAAUUUACAAGGUUGCAUAAUCUAAGGUGCGGAUGGAAUACGAUGAGGGUUCUUAUUUUUGUGACCAGUUUUAUUUAAGCAUCUGAGCCCAUAUUCUCAUUCACAAAAACAAACUAAUGGCACUGACAACUAAUCAGCAUCAACUAAACUGCUUUCCUAUGAAGCAUUCUAAUUCCGUGAGAAGGAAUCUGCAUGGACCUUUAUAGUGGGUGGCGGUCUUCCGUAUAAUUCAUUCUUGGAGGAUCCAGAAUCCUUCGAUGUCGGUUGGCCGAAGAAUAUGUCUAUGAUUCGACCAAAUGAUUGCCUUAUUUCAUGCCAUACUCUAAUAAGUUUAACGAAUAUUUUUGUCCAUUUAAUACUAUAAAAAAUGUGGUUCUGGGAUACAAAACUGUUAUUUCUGUUUAAUGUAUUAGUUCUCGGCAAAUGUAGGACCAGUCAAGUAAUUUCAGAAUGCAAUGAAUAGUUUAGUACCUGACAACAAUGUGAAGAGAGCUAUGUGGAUGUGGUUUUUAUCAGUCACAAGUACUUACAGACAAUUGCAUUUACAUAUUAAUUAUAUAUUAGAACUAUAAAUAAAUAUUGAGUAGCCCCUGUAGAUGUGGAAUAGGUUUAAGGCUUUGACCCAAUUCACCCUCUCCUGUUUUAUUAUUGAAGUAGUUUAUUUUUCUGUUUUUUUGCCACAGCAAAUGAAGAACAUGAUUGUUGCGUUAUCAAAUUACACAUAUUAAGACCAGGUAAAAUUAUUUUAGAAAACACUUUCUAAUGGAAAUGGAGUAAAUGAAAUCCAUGUUUAUAUUUUAGUCGCAUAAAACAGUAACAGUCUCCAAAAAAGCUUCAGAAACAAGUUUCAUGGGAAGUGAAAUUGCAUUUUAAUAAUCCUUGUAUUCAUUAAAUUACAUCCUGAAUAAAUAAUAUUUGUAAUUUUACUUACCGGCAUUCGAUAGUAGAUAAAGACAUCUUUUGUACAUGGAAUGUGUUGAAUUCAGUAAUUACAAAAACUGAAAUGAAUGGCAGUAUAUUGCUUGAGAAUUAUUUUAAAAUUUCUGCUAGGCAUUUUUACUUUAAAAUUUUCAUAAUUGUUUGGUGGCAGAUGUUGAAAAUUACAACAUUUGUAGCCCUGAGUUUCCAUAUUUACAUUGUUACUUGGAACAUUUUCUGAGCAUCAAUUACCAGUUUUAAGUAGUUUCACUUGGAAUUAACGCAGUGGCUUAAUUUGCUUCCUUUUGGCUACGUCAGAAACUAAAAUGUUAUCGUGGUGCUACGUCGGUUUGUAGGUAUACAAAUUGCCCCAGAUAAAUGUUUUGUAACAAAUUCUUUGUAAAGAGAAAUUUAACCAUUUACAUUACAACUGCAUAUUUGCAAAACUAAAAGGCAGCUAAUGAGUAACAUUAAAAUAACAAAUGUCCCAACUCUCCAAGUAUAUUUUCCCUUUGUAUUGUCUUGUUAAGCCCUUGAUAUUAAUUUAAUUACAUGUUUUUAUAAUUAGGUAGCACAGUGUACAUAUAUACAUAUAUUUUUUGUAACCGCAGACUGUUUUCUUACUUUUUGUUCGAAAGUAAAUAAAUCCUUGACCCCAAUUGUAUUAUAUAAAUUCCAGGUGAUACUAACAGUCAGUUUUUUAAAGCUCACUUUACAGAAAUAUUUAUUCUAGAAUUAAAUAAACUAAUUGAUGUAUUUCUGUUA